AUGAUCCCAGUCUCUGUUGUCGUGAUAGGUGCCGGGCUUAUAGGCCCGCGGCACGCAGAACUGGUAUUGAAAAACAGCAACUGCUCUCUUUUUGCAAUAGUCGACCGUUCUGCCAAAGGCCCCUCUAUAGCCAGCUCGUGUGGCACUUUGCAUUUCCAAAGCAUCCACGAUAUGCUUGAGUUUUGCGACAAUCAUGAUGCCAAUUACCCAGAUGCUGCUGUUGUCUGUACACCGAAUGACUCUCAUGCAGAAAUCACGGUCGUUUUGGCUGAAAAGGGUAUACAUGUACUUGUGGAAAAGCCCAUGGCUUCCUCAGCAGUGGACUGUAUCAAAAUGAUUGACGUCUGCGAGAAAAAUAAUGUGAAGCUCUUGAUAGGCCAUCACCGCAGAUUCAAUCCCUACAUUUCUGCGACCAAAUCCCACAUGCAUCGAAUCGGAUCGCCGGUGGCCGUCCAGGGUGUAUGGGCUUUGAAGAAACAUCAGGCGUACUUUGACGAAAAGGCAUGGCGCCGCUCCCGCUUUCUGGGCGGAGGGGCCAUCUUGAUCAAUUUGAUUCAUGAUUUAGAUUUAUUGCAGUAUCUUCUUGGCCCGGUGAUACGUGUUUAUGCCGAGCUCAUGCCACGCCAAAGACAGGCAGAAGGAAAAGACAAUCACGUGGAUGAGGGGGCGGUACUCACGCUUCGUUUUGCAAAUGGCUGUUGUGGCACAUUUUUGUGUUCUGAUAACGUGACCUCGCCUUAUAGUUUCGAAGCAGGAACAGGCGAGAACCCGUUGAUUCCAAUGCAUCCUGAUGUAGCGGGGUUUUAUCGUAUUUUUGGAAGCAGUGGCACUCUUUCGGUGCCAGACUUAACUUUAUACCAUCAAGACAAUUUCUCUCUGAGAGAGAAUUCGUGGUGGAAUCCUAUUCAAUCGGAGUCUUUGGGAGGCGUGUAUCAGGAAAACGAUUGUAUGUACGUGGAUGAUUUUUCUGCCAUAACUCCGCCGUCAUCUUUUGAAGAAAAAGAAGCCAAUUUCGGGCCAGCCACGCAGAAAUUGCCUAAGCCGUUUGAUCUCCAGUUGGGUCAUUUUAUCAAUUUGAUUACUGGAGCAGAAACUGACGUGAAAUGCUCAGGAUAUGACGCCUUGCAAUCUAUGCUUUGUAUUGAGGCUGUCACGAGGAGCAUUAACCAAGGAAUAGCACAAACCAUUCAAACGGCUGAGGAGUUAAGAGCAGGAUUUCAGGGACAUGAAUCCCAUCAACAGCCUUUUUUUACAUGA